GGCGGAGAGUCGGGAGUGUAGAGCUUUGCUGUUUGUGGUUUAAUUCCUUUAUUUCCACUUAUGUUACGGGUGUUAUGCGUCUAUUCAAAUGAAGCUCCUCCUCCUCCACUGAAGCUCUAAACACUGGAAUAUUCCCAUCAGGCUCCACUGAAGAGUUUAUUGAAGGACAGCGAGAACAUGAGUGAUCCAGAACCCUGCAAAAUUAAAAAUGAAGACUCUGAACAACAAAUAGACCUAAUUGAAGAGAAUGAAGAGAGUAAAGAGGAGGAACAUCCAGUCAAAAUUGAUGAAAAAACUCAUUUACAGACUGAUUGUAUUUUGAAAAGGAGAGACAAGAAUUGUUGCACCUGCAGUCAGUGUGGAAGGAGUUUUGUAAGAAAAGGCGAUCUUAAUAUUCACAUGAGGAUCCACACUGGAGAGAAACCCUUCACAUGCACUCAGUGUGGGAAGAGAUUCAACCAAUCAUCAAACCUUAAUAAUCACAUGAAGGUCCACACUGGAGAGAAACCAUUCACAUGCACCCAGUGUGGGAAGAGUUUCAGCCAUUCAUCAUCCCUUAAUCAACACAUGAGGAUCCACACUGGAGAGAAACCAUUCACAUGCACCCAGUGUGGGAAGAGUUUUAAAUGCUCAUCACACCUUAAUCGACACAUGAGGAUCCACACUGGAGAGAAACCAUCCACAAGCACUCCGUGUAGGAAGAGUUUCAGCCAUUCAUCAUCCCUUAAUCAACACAUGAAUACCCACACUGGAGAGAAACCAUUCUUAUGCACUCAGUGUGGGAAGAGUUUCUGCCAAUCAUCAUCCCUUAAUCAACACAUGAUGAUCCACACUGGAGAGAAACCAUUCACAUGCAGUCAGUGUGGGAAGAGUUUUAACUGCUCAUCACACAUUAAUCGACACAUGAGGGUCCACACUGGAGAGAAACCUUUCACAUGCACUCAGUGUGGGAAGAGUUUCAGCCAAUCAUCAUCCCUUAAUCUACACAUGACGAUUCACACUGGAGAGAAACCAUUCACAUGCACCCAGUGUGGGAAGAGUUUUAACUGCUCAUCACACAUUAAACAACACAUGAGGAUCCACAGUGGAGAGAAACCAUUCACAUGCACCCAGUGUGGGAAGAGUUUCAGCCAAUCAUCACACCUUAAUCCACACAUGAGGAUCCACACUGGAGAGAAACCUUUCACAUGCACUCAGUGUGGGAAGAGUUUCAGCCAAUCAUCAAACUUUAAUCUACACAUGAUGAUACACACUGGAGAGAAACCUUUCACAUGCACUCAGUGUGGGAAGAGUUUCAGCCAAUCGUCAUACCUUAAUAAACACAUGAUGAGCCACACUGAAGAGAAACCAUUCACUUGCACUUAAGCCCCUUGCACUUUUCUCCCCAUAGACUUCCAUUCAUGUGUACGCGAAUAUGUCAGACCGGACACAAAGUUUUUGUGUCAAGUUUCGCAGUUCACUGCUUUGCAAAGUUCAAGCUUGGUGAACUCUGACCUGCGAAAUCGCAUCAUUUUACUGUGUGAGACCAAUUGUAGAUUAAAACAUGACCUCCCUGGACAGAAAUUUAAAAUAUGGACCAAUCGCUCACUUUUUUAAUGUCUAAUCAUCUUGUUUAAUCCUGCCCCUUUUCGCAGCGCUUUUCAACUGAAUUUUGCAUGCUCAAACUCUAGUGUGACUGUAGCUUCGAUGUGGGAUGAUUUUCAACAACUCAUCAGACUCUAAUAAACAUAUGAAGACUCUCACUGGACCAUUCACAUGCACUCAGUGUGGGAAGAGUUUCAACCAAUCAGCAAACCUAAUGAACACAUGAAGAUCCACACUGCUGUGAAAGAGUAUAUGUGCUUUGAGUGUGAGAAGACUUUUAUUACAGCUCCAAAAUUGAAACUGCACCAAACGAACUGGAGAGACUGUACAAGUGUUCACACUGUGACAAGAGGUUUAAUCAGUUAACACAUCUGUAAACACAAAAGAGGAUUCACACUGGAGAGAAACUGUACAGAUCUGAUCAGUGUCUACAGAGUUUUGCUCAUUUGGCGCAGCUUAAGAAACAGAUAGAAAAAAAGUUGCACACAUGACAUGAAUGCAGGAAAGGAUUUUUUAUGUCCGAAUAAUGUUUAAAAAGGCUGAGUGAAGGUAUGCUGUUUUCCAACUUUCCUACACUGCAGGUUGUAGUAAAUGUGUUGCGCUCCUCGCGUUUACAGUAAACACAAUGAUGGCGGCUGAGAAAAGAACAGUUUCAUAAACAUCUGGCAAACAGCACCUCUGCAGCUUAAUUUCUUUGCAAGUGAUUGUACAGGUGCGGAUAUAUCUGUAUUUUACUCUCCAAUGUAUUCAUGUAGCUAGUGUUGUUUUGAAUGAUGUUGUCUGUCUCCCUGAAUGAGAAACAAAUCACUGGGAAGACACCGCAAGAGUUAAAAAAGAUGUUAAAGAGCUUCAGGACGGUUAGUUUGCAGUAUACCAGGGUCUCAAGUUUAGAAAGCCCGUUCAAUUGUCCUGUGUUGCAUCUUUUAUUAGGGAAGUUUAUUUUAGGUUCGAGAUUAUUUCUAGUUUACUAGAACAUAAACUGGAUGAAUAUUUUAUGAUUUCGGCAGAGCAACAGGUAUUAAGUUUUAAAAUAUUAAUACACUGUGAUGAUCCCAGGACUCCAGAUUGGAGGAUGUGGUAAAUCCUGAUUGGAUGCCUGCAUUACUCAUCAAUGGUUAUAUAAAAGUUGUUGUACUAGCUACCCCAGGACGCUGUGGCUACUCAGGAGUCCUCAUGUCAAGACCUGCCAUCUCAUUGACUCUUUAACCUUAUGGUUUUGUUUUGCAUUACUUAUAUCAUGUAGUUAAAGUGUUGUUGUGAUUAUAUCCUAAGUUCUUUAUCUUCAUUAUUAUCCCUAGACAUUUGUUGGUUGCUUUGAUUAAUUGUUCUAUGAGUUACAUUUUAUAAUAAAUCAUUUGUAUUCUGGCUA